ACCUGGGAAGAUGGCCCAGAAAGAAAGAGAAACCAGCGGGAGCUCUAUCAAUGACGAGCAAGAACAGAGCAGCAAUCAUGUUAUUACAAUUGUCUUCCUGGCUCUCCUCAUUGACUUGUUGGGAUUCGCUCUCAUCUUGCCACUGUUUCCUUCCAUCCUUGAUUAUUACAACAAGACUGAGGAUGGAUUCUAUUUGUCACUGCAACGUGGUGUGGAUUGGUUUGCCGUGAUGGUUGGGAUGCCUCCAGAGCGGAAAUACAACAGUGUCUUGUUUGGAGGUCUGAUUGGCUCCAUCUUUUCCAUCCUGCAGUUUUUCUCCUCUCCUCUCACUGGGGCUGUGUCAGACUGCCUGGGGAGAAGACCUGUCAUCUUGGUGACAGUGAUGGGUUUAAUAGCAUCGUAUGCACUGUGGGCUGCCUCUAGGACUUUCGGCAUUUUUCUUCUCUCCAGGAUCAUAGGUGGAAUAAGCAAAGGGAAUGUCAGCCUUUCCACAGCUAUCAUUGCUGACCUGCGCUCCCCGAAGGCGCGGAGCAAGGGCAUG